GGGGUACGGAAGUUACAAAUCCAAUUCCGAUUUUCAUCAAUUUACUCAUUCCUUAUCCUACCCUAGUUCGCCGUCGCCAUGAGCAACGGUAAUCAGAGGUUGUUGAACCCGAACCCGAAUCCAGAAAGGGUGCAUAAAAUCCCAGUGAAGAAGACUGAUUCGGUGGAGCGACAAGAUACUCGGAGAGCGAUGCACAGAAAGUUGAAAACGUUCUCGAAACCCUAAACAAAUGCCGCAAGGACAUAGUGGAGCGAUUUGGGGACCUCUCAUGUCCCAUCCAAGGUGACUGCCUCGUUCACUACUUCAAAUGUCUUUGCAUGGUUGACCCACUCUUCACGGCUGUCUCCUCCGACGCCGACGACGGCUCCGUCCCGAUCACCUUUUUUUGGUACGACGCCUUCCACCCUGAGCAUGAGGAUGGGGUCUCCUCGCAGCGCAACAGCAUCCAAUUGGAGAAGGCUGCUGUUCUCUUUAACCUUGGCGCCGUAUGUAGCCAGAUUGGGGCCUCUUGCGACCGCAACACCGCCCUUCCGUCACCUUGCAAUGGACGCCUUCAAUGCUGCCGCCAAAUUCUUCUUCAAACUCUGGAAGGUUUUUGCCAAGGGCGUCUCCCCACCCUCGACUUGACUAUCGUCUUCGCCGAGACUCUGCACUGCCUCUUCUCCGCUCAGGUUUCCGAGCUCCAAUUACAGCAACAACUCCACGACAACAACGACGCCGCCACCAGUCCCGCUCUCCAACAACAUCGGAUUGCCGUUUCGUUUAAAUCGAGAAUUAUCAGAGAGCAUAUGAUCUGAUCGCAGGUGAUUCGUCUGCAACCGAGUAUGUCCACUCAUUUGACCUACCUGGGUAGCACAUCUUCAUCAGAUGAUGAAAUACUUUCAGGUGGAGGCUCGUCAGAGGCGAUCCUCCAUCCUACCCAAAUCCCAGCUACCUAAAACAUUGGUCCAAUCCUGUCCUCUUGAUCUUGAUGCAGAAUUAGUUAGAGAGAUUUGGAAGCUUUCGCGCAAGUCUAUACCGAAGCAACAACGAAUCUCAUACCUUGACCUCCUCCUCUCUGAGUACAGCUCCUUCAAGAUUAUGGAUGGUGGAAAGCUGGUGGCUAAUCUAUGGGACAUGCCUCCUCCUUAUCCAACAAAUUUGGGAAUCAUCUCUUCUUCAGCUUUGAAUGUUAUGCUUCCGAUCCCUUUGAAGAAGAGUGAGCCCUUGGACCUCUCUGAGUCCCUUCGCAGUUAUGUUGCCCUUAAAUACACUGAGAGCAAGGCAAAAAGAGAAAGAGUAGAAGGCCUUUUCAAAAUGGUAGACAAAUUGCACAGUGAAAUGUAGCGUGAUGACCUCUCUCCACUGGUUUGCCGUGACCGCCUCAUCCACUAUUUCAAAUGCCUUUGCAUGAUUGAGCCUUUGUUCCCCAUGCCUACCUCGCCCAAUACACCUACCUUUGUUUGGUACGAUGCAUUCAACCCACAACAAAAGUCUUCUCAGCACAACAUCCAUUUGGAGAAGGCCUCUGUUCUCUUCAACCUGGGAGCCCUCUCCAACCAAAUUUCUCUCUCCUGCGAUCUCAGCACUGUCCAAGGCUAUCGCGUUGCCAUGGAUGCCUUAUAUGAUGCUUCAUAUUGGUUCUCCAUACUGUGGAAGCUUGAGGCUCCGAUGGCAUCUGGCACCAAUGACUUGUCAGCAAACUCUGCCCAAAUUCUGCGCGAGAUAAUAGCGUCUCAGAUUGUCGAGUUGACAUGGAAUUGUCCUCGUUCCCAUUCUGAUGGGUCAUCAUUAGCUGGAUAUCUUGUUACUCUGCAUUGCCGAAAAGCUUAUGAUCUGUCGACAUUGGGGCCUUUAGCUGAGAAUCUUGUUCAAUCCUCGAUACCUCAAUUUCUUGAGUCGAAGAUGAAAACCUGCCAUGUUCAAACUGAUCCUAGUGAUGUCACUCAACAAUUUCUUUCAAGGUAUUGUGAGGCUCAAUCCCUGCUUCAAGAGGGAUGUCAAACACCAUGCUUGGACCUUUUCUUCGAGACUGUCAUGAUUAAGGAUGAAAAUGUUGUGAUCAACCUUAGAGGCAGUAUCGGUCGCAUUGGAGGAAAUGAGCUCCCAGGUGACCAUAGUAACAUGACCACAGACUGAAACUAGACAAACUUUAGGAAUUAGCAUUGGAGGAGAUGCAUUGGAGGAGAUGAGCACAGUAACAUGACCAUAGACAGAAACUUGACAAAAAGAAACUAAAGUUGAUCACAAAAUUUUCAUCCUUAAUCAUGACGGCCUUGGAAGGUCCAAGCAUCGUGUUUGACGCCCCUCGAGGCAAGACUUUACUAGUGUCAACAGUUCUACGAAGGGAAAACUAGAGGAAGCAAUCUUUUGUUGGCUUUUCAUUAAAAUAGUUAUUAACUACAAUAUUUUCUUCUUUUUA